CCUCGGCCCGAGCGGCGGCGGCGGCGGCGGCGGCCGAGGAGAAAAGAUGGCGGCGGGCUCGGAUCUGCUGGACGAGGUCUUCUUCAACAGCGAGGUGGACGAGAAAGUGGUGAGCGACCUGGUGGGCUCGCUCGAGUCGCAGCUGGCGGCCAGCGCGGCCCACCACCACCACCUCCCGGCGCGGCCGCCCGAGGCCCGGGCCGCGGCCGCCGCCGGCGCGCUCGGGAACCAUGUUGUGAGCGGCAGCCCCGCGGCCGCCGCCGCCGCCCCGCCCGAGGGCGCCCCGCCGGGACCGGGACCGGCGCCGGAGCGGCCCCCCGCAGGGGCCGGAGCGGCGCCGGGGGCCGUGACGAACCACAGCGCGGCGCGGACGCCGCCCGAGGCCGCCGCCGCCGCCGCCAGCCGCGCCGCGUCCCCGGGCUGCGCGCCCGCCGCCGCCUGCACCCCCUCCCCGGGCGGCCCGGGCGCGGGGCCCGAGCCCGCCCGCCGCCGCGCCGGGCAAGUCCGUGGUCCUCAGCACCUCCAUGGCAACGGCGCUGGCCGCCCGCAACGGCAAGCUGGGGCCCCCCGGCGCCGUGCAAACUUUGAACGGGAGCAGCGUGGUGGUGAACUCGCACCUGGCCGGGGGCGCCUUCGCCGGCGCGACCCCCGCCGCCGCACCUGCCGUCGCCCUGGUCAACAACGGGCCCGCGUCCGUGCUGCUGCCGCUGGCCAAGGCGGGCGCCGGCCCCGCGCCCCCGGCCGCCGCCCCCGGCACUGUCAUCCAGACCGCCUCGUUCCUGGGCGCCGCGGCCGCCCCCUCCGCCGCCACCGCCUCCGCCGCUUCGUCCUCGUCCUCGGCGCCCACCGUCAUCGCCGCCGCCCCCGCCGCCCCGCAGCCGCCCCCGCCCGCCCCCGCCGCCGCGGCCCUGGCCCGGCCGCCCGGGCCCCCGGCCGCAGCCUCGGCGCCCGCCCCGGGGCCCCCCGCCGCCGCCCAGAACGGGAGCAGUACUGUCAUCAACUCGGCGCUCGGCGCGGGGGGCCUGCCCGCCGCCGCCGCCGCCGCGCCCGCCGCGGGCCCCGGGGCGCCGCUCGCGGCCUCCACGCCCCUGGUGAACAGUCAGCCGGGGCCCGGCGCGGCCCCCGCGGCCCCCGCGCCCUCCGCGGCCCCCGCCGGCAAGGCCGAGUCCCGAAGACCGUGGUGCAGCCGCUGCCCCCGCCGCCGAGCCUGGCGGCCGGCUGCCCGGGGGGCGCGGGGCCCAGCAUGGCCCUGGGGCCGCCUGCGCCCGGCCUCCCGCCGCCGCCCCCCGGGACCCCCACGGGGCUGCCCAAGGGCCCUGCCGCCGCCGCCGCCGGCUCCCAGAGCCUGCCCAGGACGCCCGCGGCCACCCCCGGCGGGAUCCGGGCCACCCUGACGCCCACCGUUUUAGCCCCGCGCCUGCCGCAGCCACCUCAGAACCCCACCAACAUUCAGAACUUUCAGCUGCCCCCAGGUAUGGUCCUCGUGCGCAGCGAGAAUGGGCAGCUGCUGAUGAUCCCGCAGCAGGCCCUGGCGCAGAUGCAGGCCCAGGCCCACGCCCAGGCCCCACCCCAGACCACCAUGGCCCCCCGCCCUGCGACCCCCACCAGCGCCCCACCUGUGCAGAUCUCCACCGUGCAGGCCCCCGGCACACCCAUUAUUGCACGGCAGGUGACCCCAACCACCAUCAUCAAGCAGGUGUCCCAGGCACAGACAGCUGUGCAGCCCAGCGCGGCCCUGCAGCGUGCAUCUGGAGUGCAGCCUCAGCUUGUUCUUGGUGGCACAGCACAGACGGCCUCACUGGGGACGGCAACGGCUGUGCAGACGGGCACCCCUCAGCGAACGGUCCCUGGAGCCACCACCACCUCCACAGCUGCCACGGAAACCAUGGAAAACGUGAAGAAAUGUAAAAAUUUUCUAUCAACGUUAAUAAAACUGGCUUCAUCGGGUAAACAGUCUACGGAGACAGCAGCUAACGUGAAAGAACUAGUACAGAACUUACUGGAUGGAAAAAUUGAAGCAGAAGAUUUUACCAGUAGGUUAUACCGAGAACUUAAUUCUUCACCUCAACCUUACCUUGUGCCUUUCCUGAAGAGGAGCUUACCUGCCUUGAGACAGCUGACCCCGGACUCGGCCGCCUUCAUCCAGCAGAGCCAGCAGCAGCCCCCGGCCGCCUCGCAGAGCACCACGGCCCUCACGGCGGUGGUGCUGGGUGGCUCCGUGCAGCGCACGGCUGGGAAGACGGCGGCGACCGUGACCAGCGCGCUCCAGCCACCCGUCAUCAGCCUCACGCAGCCCGCGCCGGUCGGCGUCGGCAAGCAGGGGCAGCCCACACCGCUGGUCAUCCAGCAGCCCCAGAAGCCAGGCACCCUCAUCCGCCCUCCGCAGGUCACGCUCACGCAGACGCCCAUGGUGGCGCUGCGGCAGCCGCACAGCCGCAUCAUGCUCACCGCGCCUCAGCCAAUCCAGCUGAACCAGCUGCAGCCAGUCCCUGUGGUGAAACCUGCUGUCUUGCCCGGAACCAAAGCUCUUUCCACUGUCUCAGCACAAGCAGCUGCUGCACAGAAGAAUAAACUGAAGGAGCCUGGGGGAGGUUCGUUUCGGGACGAUGAUGACAUUAACGACGUUGCCUCGAUGGCCGGGGUGAACCUGUCAGAAGAAAGUGCAAGAAUACUGGCCACAAAUUCCGAGCUGGUGGGCACGCUAACGAGGUCUUGUAAGGACGAGACCUUCCUCCUCCCGGCUCCUUUGCAGAGAAGGAUAUUAGAAAUAGGUAAAAAACACGGCAUAACGGAAUUACAUCCAGAUGUAGUAAGUUAUGUAUCACACGCCACGCAACAAAGGCUACAGAAUCUCGUAGAGAAAAUAUCAGAGACGGCUCAGCAAAAGAACUUCUCUUACAAGGAUGAUGACAGGUACGAGCAGGCCAGCGACGUCCGGGCUCAGCUUAAGUUCUUCGAGCAGCUCGAUCAGAUUGAGAAGCAGAGGAAGGACGAACAGGAGCGAGAGAUCCUAAUGCGCGCAGCGAAGUCUCGGUCCAGACAAGAAGAUCCAGAACAGUUAAGGUUGAAACAGAAGGCAAAAGAAAUGCAGCAGCAGGAGCUGGCUCAGAUGAGGCAGCGGGACGCCAACCUCACGGCGCUGGCAGCGAUCGGGCCUCGGAAAAAGAGGAGAGUGGAUUCUCCGGGGCCGGGAUCAGGGACAGAGGUGGGGCCACAGCUCACCCGCCUGCCCUGUACUGUGGCCUUCAGGAUAAUCUGGGCAUACGUGUCCAGGUGCGGCUGGAGGCAGCCUCCCAGGUCAGGCUGACAGUGUGAUUCCCCUUCAACCACAGGCAAGCGAUGCUCAUUUUCUUAAGCUGAGUGCCAGCGCGUUCUGAUUACUGUUACUCUCUACAGCAUAUCAUGUGUCAUCUGCAUUGUGUGUGUGUUACACGUGAGGUAGGAGAUGGACUCGCGGCCCCAAGCCCUGCCCUGCAGGUGUGGACGCAUUUGCAAAUGGAGCCUUCGAAGACAUUUUUGGUCUAGGUGCUCAGCACGACUGAAGUCCUUAUGAGCAGGGGAAAGUGGACACGGAUGAGAGCCACAGUGAGGGCCCAGACACCAGAAGUCAGCAGAACCCAGAGGAGAAGAGGCCACCCCGUGCCUCGCCACGUGAUGGAAAAGCCACUGGCCCAGGAGUGUGGCAGGCGGCCCCGGAGCGCUGUGGUUUUAGGCGAGAAAGCAUCACCUCAAUGAUGAACUGCGAGCCAGUCAGUUCCCACUGUUGAAGCCAGCCCGGUGCAGGGUGUUCGUUCCAGCAGCUGGGACACUACGCAAUUGGGUACACGCAAGUUUCAAGACUGGCGCUGUUGUGAAGGCAAGCAGAGCUGCCACGUUGGAACUUUUGCCAUUGUAAGCAGCCCUGGCACCGUUGGUACCGAGCUGGCACUUUGACCCGACUGCUUGUCACUUGGCUGCACUGUGGGAAGAGGUGGAGUACAUUAGGAAUGCCUUCCCACUCACCUGAAAACCACUUUCCGGAUACUCUGGGCUGCUCGAGUGGGGGCUUAUCGCUGAAGGACAGACCUGGGGCCCACCGUCCCCACAAGUGGGAGCAUUCCUCCGAAAGCUGGUCCGGCAUCACCCCGAGGGAGGGUUGUGCCACCAGAGACCCAGGUGCAGUUGGCGGUGGCAUCUUUUAAACCCCUUGUCCACAGUGGUCAUUCCAGCGCCCCUCUACUUGGCACCUUCCCACGUCCAGCCUUCUCUCCAGCAGCCUGGCUUUGCUGGGUGCCUCCGAGCCUCCCCAAGUAGGGCUCCAGGUCCAAACCUGUACAUGUCCCCUGAGAAAAGCAGCAGGUUUUGCUGCUCGGGGUGGCUGCUGCCAGAAGCUCUUUAUGGAGAGCUGCCUUCCAGCCCCCUGCCCUGGAGAGCGACCCGCGGUGCUCUCUUCGAAUCCUGCACUAAUAAAGAAAAUGCAACCGUGGGGUGGAGACACAUGUCUGCCUUAAUAUGCACGAAGGAGUAAGGAGUCCGUGGCCCCAGAGCUUGAGCAGGAGGGCGCUGAGGCUGACCGCAGCCACGCCUCACUGGCCGUGAGUGGCGUGGCUGCCUCUCCCAGCCCUGCACCGCGCAGCCCCCUUGCAGCAUUCACAGGGAGGAUCAUUCCCAACCUUUGAAGCUGCUGCGGAGGGUACACUGAAGACACCAUUGCAGUUUUCACACUCGAACCAUCAGGAGACAGAAACUGAGUUUCCGGUGUCAGGGAUGCAGACACCACAUUCCAAAUGGGGAAGCAGAAGCCUUCCGGUUGGGACUUCUGUAGUUUGUGUCCUGCAGAGCAUUGGGUGCUUGCUGCUGCUCAGUGUGAUGUACCUUCCAGAGAAACCACCCCCAGCAGCUGCCCUUUCUCUCAGAGAAUAGCUGGGCACUCUGGCGGGGUCCACAGAGGGGCCUCUUCUUGGCCACGGGGUAACUGUCGUAACCACGGGCAGCCUGGCCUUCCUAAGGUGCUGCCAGCUUGCCCCGUCUCAUGCCGGAAGUUCCUGGGGCCGGGACGUGAGGCUGUGCCUCCGUCUGCAGAGGCGGCGGGACAAAGCAGGCCGCCAGGCCCCAGGUGUUGCGCUGUCACAUGGGUCCGCUGCUGGAGACCCUGGGAUUGGUGAUGCUGGGCUCCCAGCCCUGGAGCUGUUCAGCCUUUCCCCUUGGGGCGGGAACUGGCCAGUUUCUUUCCUCGAGCCCUGCAGGCCAGAGCGUGACCUCUGGAGAAUUGUGGAAUUGCACUGGGGCCAGCGCGAGCCUAGGGCCUGGCGGUGGGGGUGGGAGGCUCUGGGCCCCGUCCCCGGGUUCCUGGGGCACCCCUAGGGCUGCCCAGGGCCCCCACCGGGCCCUUGCCCCUCCGCGCACACCACUCACCUGACUCUCUCCUCCUUCCU